UCUUCUUAAAUUUGGGAUGUUACAUAAUGGAAGCAUUCGCUCAGUUUAUAUUCUGAUACAAGAUUUCAAUCGAUAUCGAAGUUUACCGAAUGUGUUGUGUAGUUGAACUUAAAAAUUUAUAACUUCUUGAUCCUGCUUCAAAUAAAUAAACCUCAGCAUGGCUGGCCUCAUAUCAACUGUUUCUCAAAGGGGAAUUCUUCAGAUGUUGAAGGACCCUAUGAUGCUGAAACACAUUGCUGCUUUCCAUGGGCGUGCUAGAAUUGGUGAUAGAGAUGUCGUUGGUUUUGGAAUGAAUGGAGAAUACACAUACAUUGACAGAGUGGACUAUCCUAUGCCAGCCAUUCGAUUCAGGGAGAACACUGCUGAAUCCAAGGCUCUAAGAGAAAAGGAAAAAGGAGAUUGGAAGAAAUUGACUCUGGAAGAAAAGAAAGCUUUGUACAGGCAUAGCUUCUGCUUGACAUUUGCUGAACAGCGAGCUCCCACUGGAGAUUGGAAGUAUCACAUAGGUGGAACAUUGGCAUUUGUUGGACUCAUGUUCUGGGGCUAUUACCUUCUCAAGAAAUUUGUUUAUCCUCCCAUGCCUUACUCUAUCAAUCCUGAACACCAAGCAAAAAUGCUGGAGGCCAUGAUCCAAUUGCGUGUUGAUCCCAUUGAUGGAUUAACCUCAACAUAUGACUAUGAAAACAAUAAAUGGAAAAAUUAAUGCAAUGCUUUAUUCUAUAUCAAGAUAGGUACAUAUAUAAUUAAUGUUCAUUGUAAUUAAUUAAUAAAGAAAUUAUCUAAAGUCA